AUGUCAGUGUUACCAGUUUAUUGUUUCGACCCUAGAGACUACGGGAAAUCUUCAUCUGGGUUCGAUAAAACCGGGCCAUACCGUGCAUCUUUCUUGAUUGAAUCGGUUUCCAAUUUGAGAAAGAAUCUUCAAGCCAGAGGGUCGGAGCUUAUAGUUCGAAUUGGAAAACCUGAAAAGGUUUUAGCUGAGUUAGUAAAGGAAGUAGGCGCAGAGGCAGUGUAUGCACAUAGGGAAGUGUCUCAUGAUGAGGUGAAGGGUGAAGAAAAGAUCGAGACAGCAUUGAAAGACGAAGGAGUGGAUGUAAAGGAGAAAGUGCAGGGGUUAAAAAUCAGGAAGACGAUUGAUGCACUUGAUCAGUUGAGAGGGUUGCCGGCUGGUGGUGACGUGGAGCCUGGUGACAUUCCUUCUUUGGUUGAUUUGGGUCUUAAUCCUACUGCUACCAUGAAUCAGGCGAAAGCAACUGCAAAUGCAUCACUUGUUGGAGGUGAGACUGAAGCACGUGAGAGGCUUAAAAAGUUUGCUGCAGAGUGCCAAGCACAACCUCAUAAAGAAGGAAGCAAUGAUAGCAGCAGCAGCAGCAUAUAUGGUGCAAAUUUCUCUUGCAAAAUCUCCCCAUGGCUUGCAAUGGGAUGCCUUUCCCCUCGUUCCAUGUUUGAUGAGUUAAAGAAAUCUGCUUCUAGAACCAUUUCUGCCCGCAAAGAUGGUAUUGGUGGUGACACCGGGACCAACUGGUUGAUGUAUGAGCUCCUGUGGAGGGAUUUCUUCAGAUUCAUCACCAAAAAGUACAGUUCUGCCAAACAAAAUAAUGCUGCUCCAGUCACAGCUUCUACAACAGGUGCAACAGUGGCAUGA